AUGUUUGAAAUAGAUGCACGACAGAAUUUAGAAGCGAUUCAACCAAGUGUGAAAGUCGAAGGACGUAGUUAUACGAUUCGAGAAGAUCUCUAUGUAAGAAAAUGUUACAUUGACUUGUGGAACUCUUUAAACUCCCUCAGUCUACCUCUUCAAAGAGCUCAUCUUUGUGCCGGCACAUCUGGAAUCGGAAAACAAUAUUUGUCACUAUAUCCUUAUGAAGUUAAAGAAGAAUUGGAGGUAUUCCAAGACACAUUUUCACCAUCAAGAGACCAGCAAGAAGCAAUUGCAAAGACAAAAGAAAGACAGGGGUUGGUGAAUUAA